AUGGGUAUCCUGAAUUCGAUUGUUUUUCAGCCCCAAAGCAAGGAAUCGGAUAUCCUAUUCACCUAUCUUUGUCGAGUUAAACGCUACAUGUCGUACGUCCCCAUGCCAACCGGGGAAUGUUUAUACUACAUCCACAUCGAAAACAAUGAACACGGGGGGCGCUCUCCCUCCGAGGGCACCAGUACGCCGUGGACUCAGAACAACGACAUCCCCAACUCGGGCGAGGGGGGUGUGGAAUCUCCACCUCGGAAGCGAAAUAACUUUGUUAUUUUGUAUAGUCAUGGGAAUGCCGAACAUCUUGGAAUCUGCUAUAACAUUCUGCGCUGGCUAUCGAUUCUUUUACAGGUUGACAUUAUUGGAUAUGACUACCGUGGCUACGGCUUCUCAAAAAAUCCCCAAGCGAAGACCCCGUUCGGCCCUACCGAAAGCUCCGUAUACGUCGAUGCCGAUUGUAUUUAUGAGCAGGUACUUGCACUGGGCUAUCACCCCAGCCAAAUUUUUCUUAUGGGGCGUUCGUUGGGUGGAGGCCCGGCGUGCUACUUGGCGGAAAAACAUCACCAAAGCAUCGCCGGACUUAUUUUAGAAUCCACCUUCUCCUCCUGCAUUCGGGUCGUCUCCGCAAGUUUCCUUCCUUUCUGCUUCGGCUGGUUAGACAUGUUUAGAAAUGUAGAUCGCAUCAAAACCAUUACGGGGUGCCCAAUUUUAUUCAUUCAUGGCAAGAAGGAUAACGUCGUGCCGAUUCGCUGUUCCCAGCUUCUUAUGUUGAUCGCGCUCAAAAAACGACAGCCCCCCAAGAAGAAAAAAAUCCAAACCAAGAGGACUUUCCUAUCCUGGCUGGGCUGUGCCUCGGUCGGCGCCUCGGACCCUGCACUGGAGCCCCAAAGACGAUCCUCUUCGUCCAAAUUAGAUGGCAGCCCGAACGCCAAGAGCGAUCCCAAAGACCACAAAGAGGGCUGUGAAAUAGACCCAGCUUGCAAAAGGAUGGAAUCCUUCAAAAUAGAGGAUCCCCAGCUCCAUCCGCUUCGUCUUAUGGAACUUCACAGUCUGGAGACUUCGGUUAUGGAGAGCAUCCCAUCCCUCCUCACCCACGACGGCGAGGAGAAUAGGCCGAACAGUCCUUCAUCCCGGCGGAUAUCUUUGGAUCAAUGCAAACCGUCCUCAAAGGGUCCGCAUUCUUCCGAGACAUCGAAGACUUUGGAUCCCAAACGGGCAGAUCAAUCAACAACGCGCAAAAAUCAAAAAAAAAACGGGAGUUCGGUCGUGGGCGGUUCGGUGGCUUCUAAACCAGCGGCGCCCUCCAACGCCUGCGCGCCGGUGAAUUUUUCUUCCCGUCCCGCCCUGUCGGAUUCGCUCGAGGAAAACUUGGGAAUGCGAUUGGAUGAGGCAACUUCGACGGUCAUCAGGACGAAGGAGGAGGAAAUGGGGAUCUUCCACCACUGGUUUGAAGAUUGUGGACACAACGAUAUCGAGACACGAAGCACCGAACACUUUUUCCUUGCGCUGAAUCGAUUUAUAAAAUACGCUUCGGUGUUGAAAAAGUCUAAAGCGCACAAAUCGGCAAAAAAUUCGCCCUUUCAUUUAGAUAUGGAGGAAAUGAAGCCUAUACAAUGA